AUGCAUACCAUCUAUGAGAAUGCGUACUUGACGUUGGCAGCAACAGCAUCCUCACAUGGAAACGGCGGUUGUUAUCGAUCUACUCCUCAGGAAGCCUACGAGCGAAAAUUUAUCUACGGCACACCACAGUUUGAGAGCCAAGGAAGUACGGUUUAUGUGCGGGAAGCGAUUCCGCAUUUUGACAACCGAAAUUCUUAUGAAGUUAGAAACAGGGAAUUUCCCCUUCUUGAGCGCGCUUGGGUAUAUCAAGAACAAGUCCUCUCGUCUCGUAUGCUCCAUUUCUGCAGUUUCGAGCUAUUGUUCGAAUGCAAAGAGGACGCAGAUUGCCAAUGUGAAGAGGGCAGCAUGUUUCAUCAGACCAACAAGGUGCGGAUAUAUCGGACACUACAAGCGACGAACCGAAAAGCCUCCAUGGUUUGGUCCUGGCCUGAACUUGUCGAGAACUAUACAGCACUCAAGAUGACAUAUGACAAAGACCGGUUACCAGCCCUCUCGAGCAUCGCCAGGAAAAUAGCUCAACUCAGUCCCGGCGAUUGUUAUUUGGCCGGAAUGUGGAAGAGUACGUUGCUAGAGUCAUUGCUAUGGUUCAUCGUUUAUGACGAGGUUCAGAGGCAUCGUCCCGCCGAGCCAAGGGCGCCGUCAUGGUCCUGGGCAUCUGCGUUUGGUUCCCUCUCAUGGAAGUUUUGCAAGAUUGCUUCCUGGGAGCUGGAACAAAACGUCGUGCCAGAUACAGGAACCGAGUCUCACGCCAAGAUAUUGAAAGCAGAAUGCCAUCCAGUCGACGGUGAUCCCUUUGGGUGUAUUGACUCAGGAGUCAUAACACUCAGCGGCAAGGUUACGCCUUGCGUACUUACCUGGACAACUUCGCCAGAAGUAGAUCCUCAACGGCCUGAAUGGAAGAUUGCUGCUUUCGAUAACAUGCCUUUCAACAAAGAUGAUGAACCUCAUCACUACGUAUUUGGGGCAGACUACCUUUUCAACCUUGAUGCACCUGGUUGCUUGGAUAUCUUUUGUUUAUGGCUUUGUAGGCGGGGGGAUACAUGGCGUGGACUUGUUCUUCAAAAGGUUAGAGAUAAUACUUUUGAAAGGAUUGGUUGCUUUGUAGUGGAAUUGGAUGAUAAUUGUGUUCCAUGGGAUAUUAUAGAAGUUAUAGAUUUCAUUGCGGAUAUUAUUUAG